UACCUGCGCGUCUCGCAAUUCCACCACCACAUUCUCACUACUCCAGCGAGCCGCCAUCUUCCUCUACGGCAACAACAUCAACAAGACGUCACACGACGCCCUGUCUCUCAAAUCACGUACAGCGAGAGAACUACUUCCGGUCUUCUGAUUGGUUGUGGUGAUGACGCCGACGUCGCUAUCCAAGAUGGCGGCUUCCAUGGUGGAACAUGUUGUCGUAGACGCAGGAGGAUUUUUGAAGAAAGCACUUCUUCAGGACAUCGGGAAGAAUAUCUACACGCUGAAGGAUGUAGUCGAGGAAAUUAGGGACAAGCCAACCCGGAGGAGCCUGUCAUUCCUACCAUAUCAACUCAACUUCAGAGAGCCGCACCCAGAGGACAUCAGAUUAGUGACUGAGUUCUCCAAGAAGACGGGAGACUACCCCAGCCUUUCUGCCACAGACAUCAAGGUGUUGGCUCUGACAUACCAGUUGGAGAGGGAAAACGUCGGGACGGACCACCUGAAGAAAGAACCUGAGGUCAAGGUAAGACGGGGAACAAUGAGACCUGAGGUCAAGGUAAGACGGGGAACAAUGAGACCUGAGGUCAAGGUAAGACAGGGAACAAUGAGAUCUGAGGUCAAAUGGACAGGGAACAAUGAUAUUCUUUCAAGAGAUCGGAGAGUACAGGCUUCCAGUUCUGGAGGAAUCCUCUGCCCUGGUUACACCAAUCUGCUGGAACUAGUGAACAUUGAGGACCUGUCAAUAUCAGACAGUGGAGCAGCAGACACUGUCCACACAGAACCUGAGACCGGGUCAGAGGAACACAAACACUCAAAGAAUCAUUCAGAGGAGCACGGCAGUGGAUCGGAGGAGGAAGAGGAGGAGGAAGAGGAGGAUGGCGGCGGUUGGAUCACCCCUAGCAACAUUAAACAGGUCCAGAUGGAGACGGGGAUCUGGGCGUCGCCUGUGGACGUUAAAGUGGCGUGUCUCACCACCGACUUCGCUAUGCAGAACGUCCUGAUUCAGAUCGGGCUCCAUGUCCUCUCUGUGAAUGGGAUGCUGAUCAAACAGGCCAGGAAUCACAUCCUGCGAUGCCACGCCUGUUUUAAGACCACCACCAACAUGAAUAAGGUUUUCUGUCCACACUGUGGCAACAGAACGCUGAAGAAGAUAGCAGUGACUGUCAGCGAGGACGGAAACAUCCAGAUGCAUUUCUCAAAGAACCCCAAAGUGCUCAACCCCAAAGGGAAGAGGUACUCCCUGCCCCUGCCACAAGGGGGCAAACAUGGCAGCAACCCCCACCUGGUGGAGGACCAGCGUUUCCCCCAGCAGCGCGUGUCCCAUAAGGCCCGCCAGAAGACGGACGUCUUAAACCCAGACUACCUGGCCGGGGGCGGCUCACCUUUCUCUGAUCACGACAUCUACAGCCGCUCUGCCAACCUGCACAUCACAGACGGCGGAGGGGGAGGGGGUCGGAGGCGGGCCAACCCCAACGCUGCCCGCAAGAAGAAAUGUUGAUGAAUCGGAAGCCAUUUUCUUCAAUCUUCAUUUUCUACACGCCAAGUUCCACUAAAGAGAAAUCCCAGAAACUGAACUGUGAAGAUAGCUGGAUUUAAUACUGAUGUUUUGUAUAAAAUUAACAUUUUUUUUUUUUUAAAGGUAAACUUAAUGAAUUCGGGUUCAAAAUAAUGUCAUACAGUAACUAAACUACCAAGUUUGUAAAAGCCUGACGGUAUAUUUGCACUUUCAAGGCUUGUGUCUGUAACCUGCUCUGACAUUUGAUUGGUCUAAUUAAAAACACAGUUCAAGACG